AUUAAUUCUAACUGUACCAAAUAAAAUGGGUUACCAUCAACACAAAUUUCGAAUUUAAAGUAAAUACCGAAAGAUAAUUGUCAACAUGCAAACUGGUUAAUGUGAAUACGAGAGCGAAGCCGCAAUACCACCGAAGCUACUUAGCCCGCACAGCAGAAAUAGAAGUUGUAUAUAUCUAAAUAUAUAGCUAAUAAUGGAGGGGCUUGAGGAUAUAGCUCAUGCACGGCUGCCUGUUGGCAACACUACCGUUCCCAUCCAUUCGGAUCUGCUGGAUAAUGCAUACAACGAAACGGAUAGCAACUGGUCCACAGUGGCGAAUUUUACACGACUCAUCAUUGCAGCCGCUUCGGAAGUUGCGCCCAACAUUGCAAACUACACGCUCAACAUGCUGGACGUAGGCAUUGCGCUGGCCACAGAAGCCACCAACGCUGAAUCUGCGACCAGUACUGCGAUGCCCGGCAGCAACAGGGGCACAGAGGCUGCUUAUGCGAUUAUGACAAACUCACGCUUGAAUAGCUCAACGCUCGGUCACAUCAAUAGUCUGCACGAGCUGUCGCCGGUGGCGGAGCAAGUGCCGGAGCAUGUAAUGGACCAUGCGCCACAGCUCUCCCGCUCCGGACUGCUGAAGGUUUAUGUGCUGACAGUGAUGGCACUCUUCUCAUUGCUGGGCAAUCUGCUUACCAUCUGGAAUAUAUACAAGACUCGCAUCACUCGGCGCAAUUCCCGCCACACCUGGAGCGCCAUCUACUCGUUAAUGUUUCAUUUGUCGAUUGCUGAUGUUCUGGUCACCGGAUUUUGCCUUAUUGGCGAGGCAGCCUGGUGCUACACGGUGCAAUGGUUGGCCAACGAGUUGACGUGCAAACUUGUGAAGUUGUUCCAAAUGUUCAGCCUCUACCUAUCGACUUAUGUGCUGGUGCUGAUUGGCGUCGACCGCUGGAUAGCAGUCAAGUAUCCGAUGAAGUCGCUCAACAUGGCCAAGCGUUGCCAUCGUCUGCUCGGCGGCACCUACAUCCUAUCGCUGGUGCUCAGCCUGCCUCAGUUCUUCAUAUUCCAUGUGGCACGCGGCCCCUUUGUCGAGGAGUUCUACCAGUGUGUAACGCACGGCUUCUACACCGCCGUGUGGCAGGAGCAGAUGUAUGCCACCUUCACGCUGGUCUUCACCUUCUUGCUGCCGCUGUGCAUACUUUUCGGCACCUACAUGUCAACAUUUCGAACCAUCUCAAGCAGCGAAAAAAUGUUCCAAGGCUCCAAAUUGGCCAACUAUUCGACAACGAAGCAGCUGCCUACACAGACGAACCGGCAGCGCUUAAUACACAAGGCCAAAAUGAAAUCCCUGCGCAUAUCUGUGGUGAUCAUUAUCGCGUUCCUUAUUUGCUGGACACCCUACUACGUAAUGAUGAUUAUCUUCAUGUUCUGGAAUCCAGACAAAAGGCUGGGCGAUGAUUUACAGGAUGCGAUUUUCUUUUUUGGAAUGUCCAACAGCCUCGUUAACCCGCUCAUCUACGGCGCCUUUCAUCUCUGCCCCGGUAAGAGCAACAAAUCCGGAACUGGCGGCGGCAAUAACAAUGCAUACAGCUUAAACAGAGGUGACUCACAGCGCACCCCAUCAAUGCUGACGGCCGUGACGCAAGUGGAUGCGGCUGGUGGCAGUGCUCGGCAAAUGCGCACCUUCCGGCAGCAGAGCUAUUACCGUAGUUCGAGCAAUGGUACAGCUGGCGGACCCUUCAAGGAGCAGGUGGGCCUAUUGCAGGUGGGCGGUGCAGGCGGCAGCGGUGCCACACCUCAUAUGAUGAGAAAGAGCUCCUCCGUGCGCAGCCCACAUCCGAAUCACAGCUCAGCCAUAGCUACGCGGCACUCGGGCUGCCUAAGGGAACAGGAGGAGCUACUACUCCAGACAAAGCCCUCUACGCUAGUGCUCAAUUACGAUAGUCAGCGCGGCGGCGUUGGAGUGGGCGUGGCCAAUGGAAACAAACUUAUGACAGGUGCAAGCCUCCGGGUGGACAAUAAAGAGUGUGUGUCCAGUGUGUGAGCAGAGCUGGCGGCGAUGGUGACGGUAGAGGCACAGGUAGGUGCGACAAUGCGCGCAGUGGAGGAUGCUUGCUCCUGCUGCCGUUGCCUGAGCCAGGAGCUAGUGCGGCGCCAACAGGGACUCCUAGAGUCGCCCAGCACGGCCGCCGCACACUAAACCAGUAUAAGCUGCUGUGAAAUUUACAGUUAAAACGCGGCCACUUUGCGUGAUACGCGACUCCGACUCUUCCAGUGCUCAUGAGGUUGUUCGAAAGAUUGCUUUGCCAGCGGGGCAUAGCAAAGCAAGACAAGGCAGGGCGGGGCGGGGCAGGGCAGGGUGUUGCCGAUGAUCAGAUCAUCGAGCCAUGCAACAUUUGAUUAGUGUAACUAACUGAGAAUUAAGUCUUUGAACAGUGUUCGUGUGGAUAGUCGUAAUUGUAGGCUUAGUUGAAUAUGGCUGAGCAUUAGCCAAGUGUAGGGCAUAAGCAGAGCAGCUGACAAUUAAUUGGCCAAGAGCUGCGAGCCGGUUCACGACUAUAUUUACAUAUUAAAUUAUGCAUAUGCUUAUGUAUAUGUAUAUAUCUGUGUGAGGCGGAGUCUUAAUGUAAAUUUGAUGAUAUUUUAAUCGCCAUAAAGCUCAGUUGCGAGUUCAUUUGAAAUGCGGGAAAAACACGUUCUCAUCCGAUGGCCAUUUACAUACAUAUAUGUCAGUUUAAUUAAACACUAAAUCGCAAUAUACUAUAAGCAGCAUCAAGUGCUACCUAGAUGGACAUGGAACAGGACUCCACACAGACUACUCAAUUAGCCGUAAUUUUAUUGUGAGUUUGAGCUACCCGCAUUAACGCAAAAACUGUAAUCCAUACAGGUUAAUUACAUCGACUAAAUCCCCAUAAUACUUAAGAAACGUGUACUUAACUUUUCUGUGUAUGCUUACCCUGCAUAUACAUAUAUAUGUACAUACCUGCACACACAAACUUAUAUAUGAGGAUAUGUUCGAAAUUGUGCACAGCAAAAAAAAAGAGCAAAAACAGAUUUCAACGAAAUUGACCGCAGGACAACAUGCUUGAAAGCUCAAAAACAGCCACGGAGACUCUUAUGCAUUCCCAAUUAAACUCAUGUUUGUUUAUAAAUGUGUGUGUGUGUGUGUGUUUGUAUGUACAUCAUCUAUUCAUCUCUUUCUAUGUGUGUAUUUGUACAUGUUAGAUACCCUCUGUAAAAUUUGUAUAGUUUAUUUUUUAAUAAAAACGAAACGAGAGCAUUGCAACAAAUUUA